AUGUCAUUUUUAAGAGAAAAUCAGUUUUAGCUGGCAUAUCAGGUUCAUCUAGUUUAUAACUGCAUAUUUCACGUGUCUGACGUCAUGGUGUACAUAUAAAUCUCAUGGUGCUCUUCCCCAUUGGGACUCAGAAAUAAACUGUACACCCUGCUCGACAGGAAAGGCUUUGUGUCGUUUUCUUCACCCCCUGAUGAGUUUUAUCCUGACCUUUCCGUUGCCAUAGACGGAUUUGUUCCAUUGUGGAUUGAAAAUUAUGAGGGUAGAAACAUUUCCUAUACACAAGCAACAGAAGGUCCUCUUAUAACACAAGCUACAGACUGUCUGAACAAGUUGUUCCUAGAGUAUAACUCCACUGUCACCUGGGUCUUCGUUGCCACAUGGUUUAUCACAUAUCUUGAGAAUGAUUCAGCGAAUGUGACAUUCCAAGCAGUCCUGAUCACUGAUGAUGAAGAGAACUCUUAUGUCCUGAUGAGCUAUGUGGACAUUCCUUCUGUUCAAACCUGGCUGGCUGGUUUUUCUGUGGACAAUAACACCAAUUUCAUGAAUCUCCCAGUAAACAACUACACUGACCUGUUAUCAACAAGUAAUGUUGAAAUGCCUGGUCUCUGGUUUUACAGUGUUCAGAAUCGACCUAAUGUUGUUGGGCUUCCAGAUUUCUUUUAUCCAAUACAAGCCGCAAAUCCGUUAACUUAUUUUCCAGCGAUGGGAAUUCCCUGCCACUGAACCUUCCAGGAACUUUCCCUUUACUUUGGAAACUUUUACGACACACUAUAUAUCAAUGAAAAUGGUUUCCAGAGUUUCUUACCAGUCUCCAGUUGGACCAACCCUGACCCAUAUGCUAAUGGAGACAUCAUUGCAACACUGUGGACAAGCUUCAAUGCUGAUCUCAUCUACUAUCAGCAAGUCACAGAUGGUCCUCUUCUAGCACGAGCAACAGUAGAAAUUAACAGCAUGUUCCUUGGACUGUACUUCUCUGCUUCCUGGCUCUUCAUUACCACUUGGGUUGCUGUACCUUAUUCCUCAAACACAGGGGUCGCGACAUUCCAAAUGGUCUUGGUUGGUGGUGAAGAUGAUGAGCUCUCGUUCCUUCUGAUGAACUAUGGAGACAUUGCCCCUACUGGCCAACCCUGGCUGGCUGGCUAUAGGUCAGAGAGCGGCAUCUAUAAGUACACCAUUGAUGAACCCAAUCCCUCUGAUCUCUCUAAAAGUACAAAUAAAGGAUUGCCUGGCCAAUGGGCUUUCCGUGUCGAUGAAGAAAUGGACGACUGUAGAACACUGCACUGCACUAAGGAUGAAGUGUGCGUGGAGAAAACUGGAAUUUAUGGCUGUGACUGUGCAAAGGAAAAUAAGAGGCCCAACUCGGAAAUUUUCGGUGUCCAAACCCAGAGGAUGGCACCACGCAGAUACUGGAGAAUGGCGUCUCCACAUCUGGUCGCUUCUCCUUCAGGAUGUUCACCUUCACAAAGACGUCUACCAGCAUCUUUCUGCACUGCAACAUGCAUCUGUGCCUUGUGGAAAAUGGGAACUGUGUUCUGCCAUGCAAUGGAGACUCUGACAGAAGAAGGCGUCGAUCUCUGGACUUCCAUGACACAGCUACCAUUAGCAUACCUUUCUGAUUUAAUCAUUUGAACAACUUGGGGAAAUGGGGCUCUGUUGAAAUUGAAAUUGGCUUCUACAUCUGUGUUUAAUCAAAGUGUUGCAGUUAAUUUGAAAAUUACAUUUUUAUGAAAAUUCAAUUAGUUACAGUUCUUAAAAUAAGCCAGA